UAUUGAUGAUAUGAAGGAUCAAUUACUUCAAACUGGGAUUAAAUUCGAUUGGGAUCGAGAAGUAUACACUUGCCAGCCAGAUUACUUUCGUUGGACUCAAUGGAUUUUUCUAAAAUUGUAUGAACACGGUUUGGUUAGAAGAGCAUUUUCUGAAGUUAAUUGGGAUCCUGUUGACAAGACAGUACUUGCAGAUGAACAGGUGGACGUAAAUGGUCGUUCAUGGCGUUCAAACGCAUUGGUAGAAAAACGUCGGUUGAACCAAUGGGUCGUGGACACACCGAGAUAUGCGAAGCGUCUACUUGAUGGGCUGCCUAACUUUCAAUUUGAAUGGUCAAGUGUAGCAGCUAUUCAAAAUGAUUGGAUUGGAAUUUGUGAUGUCUAUCGUUUCCUACUUCCAAUUAAGUUUCAACAAGUAAAUGAAGAAUUAGAUUUGCGGAUAGAAUCCCCUUCACAAUUAUGUUCUGCCCAAUUUGUUCUUCUCAAGGAGAGUCAUUAUAUAGCAAGAUAUUAUGGCGAAAAAUUGCAAGAUUCUCAACUUUUUGCUCCAAUUGAUGGCCUUACUGUGUUCAAUUUUGUUACAAAUCAACAGAUGCCUUUAGUAAUUGUUCACGAAUCUGCCAUUACUGAUGAAGACCAACCUCCUUUCUACAUGGAUUGUCGUUUGGGAAGUUCUUUGUCUAAAUCCACUUUGGAUCGUUCAAUAUCUAAGGAAUUAGCUAUUGGCCAAGCUAAAAAUGCUGAAAUGACUGAUCAACAAAUUUUGGAUUUAGCAGAGUCCCUUGAUCUUGGUGGUUACCAAACUAGUCGAAAACUUCGCGAUUGGGUUGUUUCACGUCAACGAAAUUGGGGUACUCCUAUUCCUAUGCUUAUUGAUGGAAAUGAUGUAGCACCAGUACCUGAAGAAUGUUUACCAAUUCUUGGCGAGCAGAGAGGGAAAAAUAUGGAAAUUAAGAGCCUACCUUCUGGUUUUGGCCAAAUAGAGAAUGAUACGCUUGAUACCUAUUUUGAUUCUAGUUGGUAUUUUUUGCGAUUUUUGGAUCCACAUAAUCAAAAGAUGCCGUUUGACCCAAAAAUUGCUAAUCGUCAAAUGCCAGUUUCGGUUUAUGUUGGAGGUGUUGAACAUGCAUUAAUGCAUUUAUUUUUUGCACGAUUUAUUUGCCAUUUUCUACAUGGCAUUGGUCUUCUUCCCUGCGCAGAACCUUUUGCUAGAUUUAUUCCACUUGGAGUUGUUCGUUCACGUUCAUUUCAAUUGGUAAAUAAUGGAAAAUAUGUACCAGCUAAUGAAGUUGAAGGAGAUCCACGUUCUCCAGACAAAUUAUUAAUGCAUAAACCUACUGGCGAGAUGGCUCGCGUUAGAUUUGAAAAAAUGUCAAAAUCGAAGUUGAAUGGCGUGGAUCCUUUGGAAUUAAUUGAGAAAUAUGGAAAGGAUCUUACUCGUUUACAACUUUUGUUUGAAGCUCGGCCAAAUAUGCCAAUUGAUUGGCCUUAUCCUUAUCCAACUUUUCAAGCAAAAAGUUUAAAAAGAUGGCUAGAAUUAUUUAAAACAUUUGUUGAUGGUUAUGUUAAUAAAAGAAUAAAUGUAAAUAAUAAUGUUGGGGCAACACUAGAUUCUUAUAAAACGGAAACUGUCUUUCGAGAUAUUUAUAAUAAACAUGUGAAAGCUAUAAGUAUGUAUAUGGAAGUUCUACGUUAUCACAAUACUGCCUUAAUUCGUUUAAUUGAUAUGACAAAGGCUGUUCACAAAGAAUUUUCUGCCAAUCCCGAUUUGGCCCAAACUAGUCCAGAAUUGGAAAGAUGUUUGUUUGCUAUUGUUGUGAUGGCACAGAUUUUUGCUCCUGAUGCAGCAAAUCAGCAAUGGGAAAUGCUUCAAAAACUUCCAAAAUUGAUUAAUAAAAAUGUUCCAUGGAGGUUAAAUGAAUCUUUGGAUAAACAAAUUUGGCCAAAGCUGGAUUAUUCAGACGAUAUUGAUAUUGUUUUAUGUACUUUUGGCACACUCUUUGUAAGACAAGCACCUCGAAAGGAUGUGGAACAUUUAAAUGAUGCUGACCUAGGAGAAUAUGCACGUUUACAUUCUCAUUCCAACUUUUUUGAUCGUUUGGAUCAACAAGAAUUGAAAGUAUUGUCUUGGAGUAUUGAACGUUUGCCUGGUCUUUGUAUUGUACUUAAUUUAAAAAUGGCUGAAGAUGUUAAAAAACGAGCAAUUACUGAAAUUAUACAAAAAUAUUCGGGAAAGAGAAGAGGAAAGAAGGAAUUAGAACAAGAAGAAAAUAUUGAAAUGUCUGUUGGAUAA